AUGUGCCAGCACCUCACUGUCAUCUUCUGCAUCAGUGGUAGUAUUCAUUAUGAUUUUCCCGAGGUGAAGAGACCAUCCACAUUUAUCUUCGGUGCAGCCUGCUUACGCUUUUUACCAUAUUCCAGCAGCCGCGCACAUCGGAUGCACCAGCUAUAUCCGGACAGUCCACAAUCCGUGUGGAUUACCUGCAAACCGCUACUGUUUUCGGCCACCAGGACAGUGUACAAGGAACAGCGAAUCACUACAUUCGAUUCCUUAGUGGUCUCGGUUCAAGCCACUGAAGUCAACGUUCCCGCCAGACAUCUUGCUCUUCCCCAAGGGUACCUGGGACCCUUUAGCAAUGAUGCCGGCGCCGUCGUCACCUCUGCCAGUUCAGUUGGCUCCCUCGCCACAGCCGACACGACAGCUUUUCCUUCGGAGAUUUCCCGGGUGUGCCCCAUCCCAAUUCGGUUUACGAACACAGCAGCCGGCACUCCACAAGUAACGCCACAGCCCUAUCGAAGGCCUUGUGAGUGGAAAGACAACAAGGGGCGUAUAUGCGGCGAACUCGUCGGUUGGUAUUGUCAGGACCAUCUGGCCAUAGUCCACGGCAUCGUCAACAUAUCAGGUAGCACCCACGUCACAUGCGGUGCUUGUAGCGAGAAGAAGAUACGUCUUACGUACACUGCAAAGAGGAAUCCUAUUCAGCUUGUGGUGCUUGAUUACUUUCCUCGUGGGGUCGUGAUCGCUGCUCAUCCUUUUACACGAGCUGCUUCUGUUCCAUCCUAUGACUGUGGUGGUGAAUGA